UGUCUUCUCGACUUCACCCUUUUUGCAAUCACAAAGAUACCAUUAGCCAACAUCGCGUUUCUCGAUAUCUUGUAUGCAGUCUUGAUGUAAAACUGGCUCAUUCCAAUAGCUGUCAGCCAACCCAGAAGCUGAAGAAGCACCAGACGAAAACCAAGGACUAGACAGCUGGUUGGUUCUACGCGAUAAUGACAACGGAUUGCAGCACAACUUCGACUCUCCUGCAUUUGGAAUGCGGCAUCUGUAGCAAGAAAUAUGAUUCGGAACAACUCAUCAACAUGUGUUCAGACUGUUCUCGGCCACUGUUGGCCCGAUACGACCUGAAAAAAGCUGCGGAGACGUUGACUGCAGAGUCAUUUUCAAGUCGGCCACCGAGCCUGUGGCGAUACGAGGAAGUCCUACCCGUUAGAAGGAAGGAAAAUGUCAUCAGCUUGGGCGAGGGCUGGACGAAACUGCAUCUUGCCAAGAGAUUGGGCAAAGAAAUCGGCUGCGAAAAUACCUACAUCAAAGACGAAUCAACCAACGCCACCGGGAGCUUCAAGGCCCGUGGUCUGACCAUGGCGGUCAGCCGGGCGCUGGAGCUAGGAGCCAAGGAAUUGUCGAUUCCUAGCGCUGGAAAUGCCGGGGGAGCCAUGAGCGCGUAUGCCGCAGCAGCCGGUCUGAAAUCCCACGUUUUUAUGCCUAAGGACGUACCUAUGCUAUUUCAAGUCGAAUGCAAGGAGUUAGGUGCUGAUGUUACUCUGGUGGAUGGUCUUAUCAACGAUUGUGGUGCCAAGGCUAAAGAGGGAGUCAAGGAAUUCGGGUGGUUCGAUGUGAGCACCCUCAAGGAACCCUACAGAUUAGAAGGCAAAAAGACUAUGGGCUAUGAAAUUGCAGAACAGAUGAGCUGGACGCUGCCAGACGUGAUAAUCUAUCCAACCGGAGGCGGUACCGGACUCGUUGGUAUGUGGAAGGCAUUUUCUGAACUUGAAGAAAUGGGACUAAUUACCUCCAAGCGGCCCCGCAUGGUUUGUGUUCAGAGCACAGGAUGCGCGCCAAUUGUCCGUGCUUUUCAAGAGGGAGCAAAACACGCAACGCUGUGGGAAGGUGCAGCAACCCUCGCGGACGGACUCCGUGUGCCUGUAGCGGUUGGAGAUUUUCUCAUUCUUCAGGCUCUGCGUGACAGUGGCGGCACUGCUCUCGCGGUCACCGACCAAGAAAUGAUAGACUUCACGCGCGUAAUGGGACGAAAUACAGGCAUUUUCCCUGCCCCCGAAGGAGCAGCUUGCCUUGCGGCUCAAGUUCGACUUCUGAAAGAUGGGUGGAUCAAACCACAUGAAUCUGUUGUCCUCUUCAACACAGGAUCAGGGUUGAAAUAUGCGCAUGUGUAUGUCUAGUGACUUGACUUGCACACGGGCGGCUAAACGAAUCAUUAGAAAAUCAAACACCCACUUAUCAACUUGCUUUUUGGCAACCAAAACCUCUGCGAAACACUCUCCUUUUUCAUGGCAAAAAAUUGCCAAUGGUUUGGCAUGACCCUCAAUGCUGGAAUUCCGAAACUACGCGUCACAUGCCCUGCCAACAUUUUCUCCAACCGAUUUUGGACCCCAACCCGCAUAUGCGAUGCGGUGCCAAGUGCCUCAAUGCUGGAAUUCCGAAAACACGCGGCACAUGCCGUGCCACCAUUUUUAAACCGAUUUUGGACCCCAACCCGCAUGUGCGGUGUCAAGUUGCCUCAAUGCUUGAAUUUCGAAAACACGCAACACAUGUCGUGCCACCAUUUUCUACCGAUUCUGGACCCCAACCCG